GUGUGUGUGUCACAUGUCAUAAGUAGAAGGUAGAAGGUUGAGUCUAUAUGUGUGUGUGUCAUAUGCUAUAAGUAGUAGGUUAAUUGAGAUUAUAUUGUGAUUGUGUGUAUACAUAUAUAGUUUUUUGUAAGGCUAUUUAUACAUAUAUAUAGUGUGUUUGUUGGAGAUCGAGUGGUGGAUUGAAGUGAUCACAAAUGGGUGAGUUCACACAUUUGGUGGUGGUCAAGUUCAAAGAAGAGGUGGUGGUUGAUGAUAUCAUGAAAGGGUUGGAAAAACUUGCCACCGAAAUCGACAGUGUCAAGUCAUUCGUUUGGGGAAAAGAUAUUGAAAGCAUGGAAAUGCUAAGGCAAGGGUUCACCCAUGCUCUCAUGAUGACAUUUGGCACCAAAGAUGAUUUUACUGCUUUCCAAGCUCAUCCCAACCAUGUCGAGUUCUCGGCAACGUUCUCAGCUGCGAUCGAGAAGAUCGUGCUUCUUGAUUUUCCAGUUACUGCCGUCAAGCCAAUAACUGCUUAAUAUAUAUGUGGGUGCACAAACAUUUUCCUUUAAAAAAAAGUCCUAAGACUUUAAAGAAUGUGGAAGCCUAUGUUGCUAGUUUUGUGUUUUUAUGAGAUUUGAUGAUUGCAUGAAUAAGUUUUUUUUUGGUUUUUUGAAUAAACUAAGUUGAAUUUGUUCAUAAUGAUGUUAUUAUGUACUAUUUUCUUUGCAAUGGUGAAAUUUGACCUUUGUUAAAAGUAAA